CCCAUCUUCCUCCGUGCGGCGGAGCCGGCGGGACGCGGCGGGGGCAGCAUGGCUGUUGAAAAACGCCCCGCGUGCAGCACCCGGUCUCAGCUAGAGCUGGAGAUGGACGCGGAUAAGGGGAAGCAACGCCAGUACUCGCAGAGCGAAGGCGAGACAGAGAGGGCUGCCAAGGUAGAGGCGUUCCCUAGAGAACUGUAGCUUGACUUAGCGGCAGUUGGGUGGGAACUUGGAGGCUCUAGUGAGCUCGUGCCCACCCGUGCCAUCAUCUACCUCCAUCAGUCUGGAGCCUCAUCGACACGUCUCCCCAGGCAGCUGCGGCCACCUGGCUUCUGAGCCCAGCCUGAUGGCGGAGCCUCGCUUCAACAACCCCUACUUCUGGCCGCCCCCCCCCACCAUGCCCAGCCAGCUGGACAACCUGGUCCUGAUCAACAAAAUCAAGGAGCAGUUGAUGGCGGAGAAGAUCCGACCCCCGCACUUGCCCCCCACCUCCGUGGCCUCCCAGCAGCCCCUCCUGGUGCCCCCCUCGCCCGCCGAGAGCAGCCAGUCCAUCAUGUCCCUCCCGAAGCUGCAGCAGGUCCCGGGUCUCCAUCCCCAAGCCGUCCCCCAGCCCGACGUGGCUCUGCACGCCCGGCCGGCCACCAGCACCGUCACAGGGUUGGGGCUGGCUUCCCGCGCGCCGGCGGUCAGCACCUCGGAAUCCAGCACGGGGACGGGGACCACCACCCCGUCGACCCCCACCUCCACCAGCCAGAGCCGCCUCAUCGCCUCCUCGCCCACCCUAAUCUCAGGAAUCACCAGCCCCCCCCUCCUCGACUCCAUAAAGACAAUCCAGGGCCACGGCUUGUUGGGGGCACCCAAGGCGGAACGGGGCCGUAAGAAGAUCAAGGCGGAAAAUCCUUCGGGACCGCCGGUCCUGGUGGUGCCGUAUCCCAUCCUGGCCUCGGGAGAGACCGCCAAAGAGGGGAAGACGUACAGGUGUAAGGUCUGCCCCUUGACGUUCUUCACCAAGUCGGAGAUGCAGAUCCACUCCAAGUCGCACACAGAGGCCAAGCCCCACAAGUGCCCCCAUUGCUCCAAAUCCUUCGCCAACGCCUCCUACCUGGCCCAGCACCUCCGCAUCCACCUGGGCGUCAAACCCUACCACUGCUCCUACUGCGAGAAGUCCUUCCGCCAGCUGUCCCACCUCCAGCAGCACACCAGAAUCCACACCGGCGACAGACCCUACAAGUGCCCGCACCCCGGCUGUGAAAAGGCCUUCACGCAACUCUCCAACCUCCAGUCUCACCAGCGACAGCACAACAAGGACAAACCCUACAAGUGCCCCAACUGCUACCGGGCGUACACGGACUCGGCCUCGCUGCAGAUCCACCUCUCCGCUCACGCCAUCAAACACGCCAAGGCUUACUGCUGCAGCAUGUGCGGCCGCGCCUAUACCUCGGAGACCUACCUGAUGAAGCACAUGUCCAAGCACACGGUGGUGGAGCACCUCGUCAGCCAGCACUCGCCGCAGAGGACGGAGUCGCCCGGCAUUCCCGUACGGAUCUCCCUCAUCUGAGCGGGGACGCCUUCGGCAGCGGGGAGGCGGGGAGGGGGGAGAACGGGACACCCCCAGACCGAGGAGGAGGAGGAGGAGGAAGAAGCGAAGCCCCCCCCCAGCCCAGCCCCGGUGGGACGUGCCCCGGGGCCGUGUCCCCCCCCCACCCUGCUCCGCGUCCCCGCAGGUUUGGUGACAUCCAAAGACGGUUUCAGAGCACUUUGAAUCUCUGCGGUUUGGUUUAUUUUUUUUUUUUUUAAUUUUUUUUUUUUUCCGGGGAGGGGGCAGCAGGGAGAGGUUUCCCCUUCUCCCGCCAGUCCCUGCCCCCUCCCCUCUCAUUUUUUUUGGAUACAAAUAUAUAUAUAUAUUUAUUGGCCAAGAAGUUGGUGCUGCUAAAAAAAAAAAACUAAAAAAAAAAAAAAAAAACCCAGAAAUUAAGACCCAAAACGAACCGUGGAUGGAGAGAAAAAGAAAAAAAAAAAAAAAAAGAAGCUGGGGGGGGUCCCGCUGCCGCCACCCCCCCACGGACUCUCCGGCGGGAGCAUUCGGGACUCGGGGACCGCGGCGGCGCCGCCUCUUUGGGGACGUUUGGGGUUGAUUUUUAAACAUUUGGGGGGGGGGGGGGGAUGUGUGUGUGUUUAUUUUUGGGGUCCCUUUUGAGGGAGAAGCCGGCGGAUGGAGCCGCGUCCCUCCGGGGCUGGAUCCGACCCCCCCCAGUUCCCAGGAUCCCCAAAACUCCGUCGUGGGGGGGUUUGGGGGGGGGGGUCAGUCGCUUUGCCUUGUGCCCGCCGGCCCCGGGCGCCUGUACAUAAACCCGUGUAUAGAGCCGGGGGGGUCGCGCCCCCCGCAGAGCCGCGACAAAAAACUCAUCUAUAUUCUCUACUCUUUGGUUCCGUUUUUGGAUAUUAACUGUGUUAUUUUUUUAUACACUUUUUAAGCCUUAACUCAUCGGUUAUUUUGGUUUUUUUUGGUUUUUUUUUUUUUUUUUGUGUGUUGUUUUAUUUUCCCCCAGGGUGUUUUAUUUACCUUGCUUAUUAAUUUUUAAUCCCCCCCCACCCCAUUAUUUUUUAUUCCCCCCCCAUUUCCUCAUUUUCCCCCCCUUGAUGUUGUACGAUACUCAAUAUUGUAAUCUUUUUUGUCAGCAUGUUAAUACUGUGUAAAUACGCCUCUUAUACACUUAACACCCCCUUUUCCCUCCCCCCCCCCCUUCCCCUCGUUUUGGGGCUUUUUUUUUAUUUUCCUCGAUGGAAAUCCAGGCCACGCGUCCCUAGAGCUAGUUCUUACCUUAUUAAAAAAGGAGAAAAAAAAUAAAUAAAAGGAAAAAAAAGAGAAAAGAAGAGAAAAAUAAUCAGAAAAAAAAAAAGCCCUUCCCCCCCCCCCGCUGUCUUGCAUUGUGGUUCACGGAAAAGCUGGGGGGGGGAACCGCGGCCUCGCCGGGAGCGUUCGUGGUGUGGAAAAGGAGUGAAACCCCCCCAAAACCGGUGCCCGUUUCCAAAAAAAAGGAAAAAAAAAAAAAGAAAGAAAAAAAGAAGAAUAAAACAGAACAAAAAACCCCCCAAAUUAAUCAAUUUUGUUUGUGUUUGUUGCGGAAAAGCCCCCAAAAAAUUGAGACUAAAAGUGGAAAUGGUGGCGGUGAGCGAGGGGCCGGUGGCUCCUCCGGGGACGAAGGCGGUGGCCCGGUGAAGCCGUGGGUCACCCUGGCAGCGGGUGGGGGGUGUCCCCAGGGGAGCAGCAGCAUCUUGGGGGUGAAGGUGGCAGCUCUGCGUCCUGGGGUGGGGUGGCCUGGGGUGGGGACCCCCCCGGGGACCAGCAGGUCUGGGGGGGACACGCCAGGACCUGCUGCUGCUGGGGCACCGGCCCCAGGGCCACCUCGGCAUGGCCACCACGGCCAGGGCCACCUCGCCACUUUGGGGACACCACACCAACAGGGUGGCAGCUCCAGGGACCCCUCACAGCCACCACCUCCAGAGAUGUGUCCCCAGCUCCAGGGACCCCUCACCACAGCCACCACCUCCAGAGACGUGUCCCCAGCUCCAGGGACCCCUCACCACA